CGGUGUGACAUUUUUUUCUAUAAUCCGUUCGUAUUUUCUUGCAAGCAAGCAUGAACUAGUGGUGCAUCGUCGUCAACAUUAAUAUAAAAUAUCUGUGGCGCACGCCUAUGAACGUUAUCACUUAUAGUCUAGACCUUCAAACGUCGAUGAUAAAAUAUUAUUGGAAACUAAAUCGAAAACGAACUGCGAAACCAGUCAAACCACAGACGACGACUAACGAUAAAUUAUGAAUAUUAUAUUAUGAUAAUACGAUGCAUAUCAUUGUAACUUGUAAUGAUUAUGUUGUGAUUUCAGAGGCGUGUGCGCUUCGCUGGUAAACAAAAUAUUAAAUAAUAUGUUUGUCUUGUUUUUGGGUGAACCAUCAUUUGCAUUUGGUUUGUGUUUCCGUCGGCAUAUUUAUCAGUUGAUGACGGCUCCACCGCCGCCGUCGUUCACGUCGCCGAGGCCGCUGAAUCGCGACACGCAUGUUUCUGUUCAACUGCCGUCCCUUGAUGUCAUGUAUGACUGAUGUCACCAAAUCGACGUACCUGUCAUCCAGUAAACAUAAUGGUAUUGUCAAGUCAUCCCAGUAUUUCACUAAAGUAAAGUAUCAAAAUGGAGCUAUUCGUAAUGGUCACCUAAAACCAUGGAAAAAGAACCUUUAUUCCAAUGAAGGUUAUCCAGAUAAUUAUACUGAUAAGUCUUUCCUAGAAGAAUUGAGAAAAAACCUUCAUGUACGAAAACUUACACUUCUAGAAGCAAUCCUUGGAGCUGGUUUAAUUACACAAAGGUUAUGCAUAGUGGUAAUUUUUGCAUUAUCUUUUUAUGCACUGAAUUGCAAUUUAAUUUCUCCACUACUAUUGCUAAUAUCUUCUACAAGUUUUAGUUUUAUCAUUUAUCUCUUGCUUUAUGAAAAUUCCAAGGCAUUUCCAUUAUGGUUGAUAAAGUCAGCGUGUGCUUUUGUGAUAUCUGGUUAUAUUUUAUCACCUGUGUUGAAAACAUUGACUGAAACUAUAAGCACCGACACCAUUUAUGCUACAGCCACGGUAAUGAUGUGUGUACAUCUUGUAUUUUUUGACUAUGGGGUAUCCGCAGUUAUAGUGUCAACAUCACUGUCAUUAAAUGCUGCCUUAUUUGGUUCAAUUUGUUUGUGUUCAAGACUACAAACAGCUUUCCAUGUAUUUGUAUUUAUCACAAUAGCAGUACAGUGUUUUGCUGUAUCACCGAUACUUUUAUCGCCGAUCAAAUCUUCCAUUACCAUCUUAUUGUUGUUUGUAACUGUUACCUUUGUAUUAUGUAUAAGGGUGUCAUCAUUAAUGAGUGGACUAUUUAUACUUACUGUCUUGUUCAUUAAUCUGAUGUGCCCAUACUAUUUUGUUAAAUGGCAUUCAUUCAAAGACAACAUUUACGGACCAUGGGAUGAAGCUAUUGUGCAAGAUAUCAAAAUAAAAGAUUUUCACGUAGACUGAAAAGUGAUGAGGGUUCUCUAAUUAAAUACUGUUUAAGAAUGUGUGAUAUCGACAACCAGUAACUCUUAUCUUGGUUUUCCACUAAGUUACCAUUCUUCUAUUAUGUAUUAAGUUUAAGUAAUUUAUUAUCAAUUGAAACCAAAUUGUGUUGGUUAAUUCCUUAUUGGCACUCUAGUGGUUGUAUUUCAUUAUAAAUUAUGUUAAAAUUAAAAGCAUUGUGUGUAAAAUUCAUUUUUUUAAGUUUGUUAUUUUAUUUCAUUAGUAAGAUGUGUUGGACAUUUUAAUUUUAAUUAUUAUGUAUAUAUACAUAUAUAAUAUGAGAUAUCAUCUAUGUGUUACGCUAAUUGAAUUUUAAUAUUUUUUCACUGUAUUGUUAAGAUUUAUCCCACCAGUAAAUAAUUCUAGUAUUAUUAAUUAUAUUAUGUUAUUCUUUUUUAAUCUUUUAUUAUCAGAUUUAAUUCAUAGUGAUGCCAACUCUAAUGUAUAGUUUCAUCAUGAGCAUGCCUAGACAUUUUUUCGUGGGGAGGGGGUGAUCCAAUAUUUGUAUGAGCAUGUAUUAAAAUGUAUUUAUUUCACUAGGUAAUACUUUUUUCCAAAUUCGUUAAAAUGUUGAGGGAGGAUGGAACACCCAAAUCCCCCUCCAGGCACCGCCCUGAGUUUCAUGUUAAUGAAUAAUAACUCAAUUACCUAUUGUCAUAUUCAUGAAAUGUGUUAAUUGUCUUGUCAUUUUUAAUGAAGAAUGUAUUUGUAAGAAAUUACAAGUUAAACUACAAGUCAUUUAAAAUCUUUGAAUAUUACUUUAAAUUAAUUUUGUAUAGUAGAAUUACUACUUAAUUCAGAGUAAAUAUUAAAUUACAGUAGGUACAUUAACUUAUUACAUUGUAAUAAGUUUUAUGUAAAAAUAUCAGUAUUUAUUAAUUUUGAGAUUUCAUAAAUCAAUUUGUUACACUUUUUUUGGCCAUGCAUGGUAUAUUCUUAGUACCGACAAGAAACACAAGUUACCAUUAAUAAUGUUGAAAGUUUUAAUUUUAAUAUGCAUAAUAUGUUAUGUUUUAUUAAAAUAUCUACUAUAUGUAAUGAAAAAAUAUAUAAAAAUUACUUUUGCAUUUUCUAAUAGUAAUGCAAUUAAAACAUAAUGUAUUAUUAAUUUCAUACACUUUACGAUUAGAGAUGGCAAAACUAGUUGAAUAAUUGCUGUGUACUAAUUUGUUUAAUAACACAAGCAAAAAUAUUGUUUGAAUUUAUUUUGUUUGAUUAUUGCACAUUUAAUUUGUAUGUAUAAUAUGUUUUUUUUUAUCAUUAUUAUUAUAACUAUAAUUUUUAAGAACAUAUUCUGAGUACAAAUACAUAAAAACAUUUAAAUGAUUUGUAUAAUAUAAUAUUAAUAAAGGUGUGUCUUACUUAGAUAAUUAUGUGAAUGGAGUUUAAAAAAACAAGUAUAUUUUCAAAUAUUUUAUGUAGGCAUAAUUAUUUUAAAACAAAUGUAAUGUAAGUAAUUUUUAAGGAUGCUGGAUAUUAAUGACAAUUAUUGUCAUUGGUUCCUUGACCAUAUGUGAUGUAGUGUACCUAUGUAUAUUAAAGUAAAAUGUAUUUUUUUCUCAAACGAUCUCUGCACAACUGUUGCUAUUUCAUCCACUGAAAUGCAGCAGAAAACAAUAUGAUAUACAGUAAUACACAUAAUAUAUGAUAUAGAUAUUAUUUAAGAUAUAUUUUUUUCUCUUUUAACAUG